AUGUCUCUAUCCCCCCGGGGUUCCGACUCUCUGCCUAGCCCAGACCCUACGGAGAGUGUGCGGGACAAUGCUACCAUCGGCACCGGUUCACAGACUCGGCAGGAUAGCACGUCCACGGCUGGCUCGGGGACGUACAACGUACCCCUCGCAAGGACUGAAGACAGCUCGCAGGUCUAUGGUUCCGACCCCAACGACUCGACCAGUCGCUACAAGAGGUUGGCGCACGAAAGUCGUGACUUCGUGCUAGGCCCGAUGCCGCCGCAAGACUUCCUAGACACCUUCUGCCCUUGUAGCCCCGAACUCUUGAAGAAGAUGCCCAGUGCACGCGGCGCCUUUGACGAUGUUCCCAUGAAGGCUGAUAAUGAGAAGCUUAUAUACGAUCCUCUGAUCAAGGCCUUGAAUGCUGUGGUGGGCGAAGUGUCUCGCUGCCCGGGCUUCACCUUUCGCGACACCUCCAAUCACCCCGACACGUCCGGCCACGCUGCGCUGAAGCCAGACGUCAUAUGCUACGCAAACGAACACUUAGAGCGUGUACAGGUGUUUCUCAAGGAGCCGAAACCGCUCAUCGACAAGUCAAAAUCGCGCACCACGAAAUCGUGCACCAACAAGUCUAAACCACUCAACGAUAAGCCGGAACCGCGCAUCAGUGAUUCGAAAUCACGCACAGACAUGGGGUACGCUGCGUUCUUCAUCGAAAUCAAAGGGCAGCCUUCGUUCGAUCUCUUUUCCGACCCCCCUGCUCCCCUCGCGUCUCCAAGAAGCCACGAUCUACGGGGUGGAUAUUCGACGCAGGACGCUCCCACGUGUUUUGGCCAGAACAUUGCAUAUGCUACUGAGAUCUCAGCUCGACAAUACCGCAAUCACUGCUUUUCCCUCUCCAUGUCCGGCUCUCAAGCGCGACUGAUGCGCUGGGAUCGUGCUGGCCUCAUCAUCACCCGGUCCUUUGACAUCAAGGCAGACCCCGAGUUCCUCUGCGAGUUUGUGUGGCGUUUUGCGCACAUGACCGAGUCGGAACGGGGGCUCGAUCUGACGGUGGAGCCGGCGAGUAAGGCCGAAGAAGAAGUAUUCGUGAAGGCUAUCAAAGCCCACGUCGCCAGCCAAUUGUCCUUGAGGGGGCGUAAACUGGAUGCUCAAAUACGGGACCACUACCAGGAGGAAUCCGUCUGCGUCAUUCAUGUAGCCACUCCCGAUCCAACCGAUCCGACAGUGUGUCACCAGCGGAGGUUCCUGGUUUGCCGCCCCCUGGUGUCGCCGUUAUCAUUAUCAGGGCGAGCGACGCGCGUGUACUGGGCUGUCGAUUCAGUCACAAAGGAGGUUGUCCUGCUCAAGGACACGUGGCGAUUCAACGUGGAAGGCGUGGAGCUGGAAGGCGAUGUGUAUCUAGCACUCAACCAACGACGCGUGCGGAACGUGCCAACGCUUCUAUGCCACGGGCAUGUGCAGUGCGUCGUCGACAACUGCUCGAAGAAGGAGCAUACAGCUUGCUGCAGCAGCAAAACGCAGACGUUCGUAGACCAGCCUUGGGUUUGCGCCGGCGGUAUGGAGAUCCAGGCUAUCAUCGAGUACCGGCACUACCGGUUGGUCCACUCGGUCGCCGGAUACAGCCUGGCGCACAUUACGGGGUCGCGCGAACUCAUACAUGCAGGCUACGAUGCGUUCGUUGCCGCUUUGGAUGCGCAUGAGCCCCAGCCAUUGCGACGCCUUCACCGGGACAUCAGCGUGGGAAGUAUCAUACUUUUCCGAAAGAAAGGGGACAGCCGCAGAACAGGUUAUCUCAUCGACUGGGAACUGUCCUGGCGGGUUGGCUUCCCCGAUCUCCAUCGAAUGCUCCCGCGAGAUGCGACAUGGCAGUUCAUGUCCAUCAAUGUGGGCGCAGGUUCGCCGAAGCCACACUCAAUCCAGGAUGACAUGGAGUCCCUUCUCUACGUCGCCUGGUUUUGCAGCAUUCGCUGGCUUCCCCACAACAACCCCUCCAAUUUGAACUUUGUUCAGCAGCAGUUCCUCGACAUCAGUGUUUGGUCUGCUGAAAAGGGCUACGAAGGCUGUUCUGGCAAGGAUUACAACCUGCAGAACAUCGGAUACUGGACCGAUCGAGUCCAGUUACAAGACAAGGAGCUCCAACGUUGGCUGGACACGCUCAUGAAAUUUUGCCGAGCUGAGUACAAGAAGGACAAGAAGAACAAGACUGUCGGCACAGGGGUGUGGGCGGAUGCUGUCAAGACGCAGCGGUGGUGGAAGGAAUCCUUGGAUACCUUCAAGCUCCAUUCGAACAACAGAGCGGAUCCCGGCUCCCAGAGCGGUGUCGGAGUGAAGCGGAAACGAGACCGCCUAUCCCUCCCUGCGACGGUCGCGAGCGGCAGUGGCCGCUCCAGGGAUAACGGCCAAGCACCAUCUGUAGUUGAAGACCCCGCCGCUUCCGCGGCGGCCGAGCCUCCUCAAGGUGGCGAGGAGGUGAACGAGCUGGCGGAACCCGGAACCUGGAAGCCCAUGAACGGGCUUAAGGGCAGUCUGCCAAUCAUCUCCCACGACGCACAUGAGGGCCGCGCAGCGUCUGAAGAGCCUCCACAGAAGAAGGCGCGGACGAAGCCUAAGAAGACCGAGAAUGCAACUCCCGGGCCUAGCACCGACCGGCGGUAG